AUGGCCUGGGCGAUCUGGUGCGCUAUGGUGGUAGCGGGUUGCGUGUGUACGGACGCCGCGCCAGCGUCGAACGCGCUUACACCCGCUCUCGACUGGGCUCAGUUCGAUUCAACGGGACCCGACGAUGAGAGCCUCGGCUAUGCUGUUUCUCCUAUGAGCGGGCGUCUGUCGGCUGGUGCUCCUUGGCUAUACCUCCUAGCUGAAGUACCCCGUGAUGCUCAGGAGAGUGAGCGUCUGAAGCGACGCAUGCCUCAGCUGUCCAUCGACAUGCCGAUGUCCGUGUUGCGAAACAAACUGAACCUCGAGAAGGAGAGGAAGGUUCAGGCCCUUCGCGCUGCCAUCAACAGGAGCUUCCUUAAUGACAUCGGAAAGAGAGGUUUUGUCUUAAGCCCGUCAACGGAAAUGGAUAAAUAUUAAAAGAUGCAGUUCAUCGCCUUCCAGGAAUACUGUUAUUGAUUAAAUCUCCAACGAUUACUGCCUUGAUAUUUUAAUGUUAGAAUAUGAUAUUCAACUAGUUGAUAUUUGUAUAGCGAACUUAUGAAAAGGUGUAUGGUGUACUGUUAAUAUUAAAAUCAUAGAUUUAAAUUGUUUUAUUGCUUACUUAUUUGUUUGUUACACGUUAAAAAUGUGAUUACCAUAAUUAUGUUAGAUAAUGUAAUUUUAUUUCGAAAUUGUGCGCUUAAUGUUAAGGUUUACCAUAAAACAAAUAAAAAUCAAAAUUAGUUAA